UAUAUACAUAUAUAUACAGCAUUAAUGAUUAAGUUGCCUUAAUUCGUUAGGAGAAAAUAUCCUUGAAAUUCUUUGGGAUGAAGGCAAAGUUUUGCAAAAAUACACUCUCUUAACUUAAACUUAAGCUUCCGACGGUCUAUGCCAUCAUCAUCGGGAGUAAGUCGGCGAGAUUGUUGCUGAAAUUAUUCUUAAAAGAAGUAGAAAAGAACACAGUCAACGAGCAAAAAGCUGGAUUUGUUGAGCUUGUACAAGUGCCGCAAUUUGCACCUUCCUAUUAGAUGAAUGUGUUGUUCCAAAUACGGCAAGCAUAUUGCUAUCAAUCUUGCCACGUUGAAUACUUCGAACGUCGAUUGAGUAUAUUUUUAUUCUACUCAAUAUAUGCAGUAUGCUGUUAUGAAAGCCUAUAAAAAUAAAUCAUGAACUUCAAACUAUCGCAUCAGCUGGUGAUUGUAGUAAAUGGAGGGAGUUAGAACGCCUUAUACGUCCAGAAAAUGCCAUUGGGAGUUGCAAUGUUGCAUCUAUAAAAUAAAGGAGUUACACGUGUUUGUAACAUUUGUAUCUUAGAGUUGGUGAAGUGAAGAUUGAUUGAUAUUUUGAGUGGGUGGAAUAAAGGUUUUGUGCUGGUCGCUACUUUUUUGAAAUUGGAAUUACACUAAAGCCGACAAAGCAAAAUGUGUGACGACGACGUAGCUGCACUGGUGGUUGAUAAUGGAAGCGGGAUCUGCAAAGCUGGCUUCGCGGGAGACGACAACCCAAGGGUGUUGUUCCCCUCCAUCGUUGGAAGACCCAAGCACGUUGGUGUACUGGUAGGCAUGGGUCGAAAGGACGCCUAUGUAGGGGAUGAGGCUCAAAACAGGAGAGGUAUCCUGGCCUUAAAAUAUCCUGUCGAGCAUGGCGUCAUCACCAACUGGGACGACAUGGAGAGGAUGUGGGACCACACGUUUUACAAUGAACUUAAGGUGGCCCCUGAUGAACACCCCAUCUUACUCACAGAACCUCCGCUGAACCCAAAGGCAAACAGGGAGAAGAUGACGCAGAUCAUGUUCGAAACCUUCCAAACUAUCGCAGUUUACGUGGGCAUUCAAGCAGUGCUGUCUUUAUAUGCUUCUGGCCGUACCACCGGUAUUGUCAUGGAUUCUGGAGAUGGAUGUUCGCAUACCGUGCCUGUCUUUGAAGGUUAUGCCCUUCCACAUGCAAUUCUCCGCCUGGACUUGGCUGGUCGCGACCUUACCGACUACCUGAUGAAAAUCCUCACCGAAAGAGGUUAUUCAUUCACAUCCACUGCAGAACGAGAAAUUGUCAGGGAUCUCAAGGAAAAGCUUGGUUAUGUCGCCGUCGACUUUGAGACUGAAAUGAGAAGCGCACAGACCAGCACAACAACAGAAAAAAGUUACGAUUUACCUGAUGGACAAGUCAUCACAAUUGGCAGCGAAAGAUUCCGUGGCCCAGAAAUCCUCUUCCAGCCCGCCCUAAUAGGCAUGGAGUCGUGUGGACUUCACGAAACCAUCUAUAAUUCUAUCUUGAGAUGCGAUAUUGAUGUCCGUAAAGACCUGUUUCAAAACACAGUACUUUCUGGGGGUAAUUCUCUGUAUCCAGGUAUGGCUGAUAGAUUGUCAAAAGAGAUCAGCUCACUAGCCCCACAAUCGAUCAAGGUCAAGAUUAUCGCACCCCCCGAGAGGAAAUUCUCUGUCUGGAUUGGUGGAUCUAUCUUGGCGUCCCUGACUACCUUUCAACAUAUGUGGAUCUCUAAAGCUGAAUACGAUGAUGUUGGCCCUGGAAUCGUUCACCGCAAAUGCUUCUAAGUUCUAAUGAGACAAAAAAUGUAGGAUUGCUACACGUAUUAUUCAUACCAACAACAUUAAAGAGAAUGUCAACAUUUAAUUCAAUUAGUUGUGAUUAUAUGUGUUCUAGAUGUUUUUCUUAUAUGCUAAUAAAUAAAAUUAUACGAUGUAUUGGUAUUUCCCGAGCUUCCUUAUCUCUAUACAGAUUGGAAAUGCUUUUCGACUUUCUUGUGACUGCAAACUGCAUGAAACAACGUUGUAAGCAGUUGGUCAUUAUCCACAGAGACAAAAAGGGAACAAAUAAUAAUAAUAAUAAUAAUAAUAAUAAUAAUAAUAAUAAUGUGCCUUUAUUCAACUUUGUAUACAUAAAAUAAAACAAAAGAAUGAUAUCUUGAAAACCGCAAAAUUGCAAAAUUGAAAAGGUGGAGUGUUACCCUAGGGGUAUUUUUCAACUUAACCUCAAAUAAAAAAUUGUAUCUGUAUCAUGAACAUAUACAUAUCAUACAAUAAUAGAGAUAAAUAUAAGUAUUAAUGAUAGUCAUAAUAACUGUUCUGUAACCUAGUGCCUAAGAGAAAGGAAC